CCACCCCCCCCCUCCUCCUCCACCUCCUCCUCCUCCUCCUUCCCUGUGUGUGAGUUGUCUCUACUCGGGCUGGCUGGUGCAGUCUGAGGGAUGGGGGGUUAGAGCAUGCACCGUCCAACUACCUGUGUGGCCCCCGCAUGGAGGACAGUGGACAGGGGAUGCGUUUGAUGCAGGAGUUGAGCAUUUUUAUCCGACACACCAAUGCCUCCUCAGCAGUUUAUCCGGCAUGCCGACGUUACGACAUAUUAGGCUAUUGACAACAUGAAACAAGGCAUUGCAUGUGCCGACCUUUUUUCUGUGAAUAUGCCUUUGUGAGAGAACUCUGGUUCGUCACCCUCGCCGGGAUUCCCCGCAAUAUUUUCAACAAGAGACGAGAGAGAGAGAAAGAAAAAAACCCUGCAAAAAUGGACAAAGAAAGUAUUGGUACUCAGUAUGAACCUGUGGCCGAGAUUGGAGAAGGCGCUUACGGGAAAGUGUACAAGGCGAGAGAUUUGAAGAACGGGGGACGCUUUGUAGCCCUAAAAAGAGUUCGUGUCCAGACGGAGGAAGAGGGGAUGCCUCUCUCAACCAUCCGGGAGGUGGCGGUACUGAGGCAGCUUGAAGCCUUUGAGCACCCCAAUGUUGUCAGAUUGUUUGAUGUGUGUACAGUCUCUCGGACUGACCGUGAAACCAAACUCACUCUGGUCUUUGAGCAUGUGGAUCAAGACCUGACCACCUACCUGGAGAAGGCCCCUGAUCCCGGAGUACCCCCGGAAACCAUCAAGGAUAUGAUGUACCAGCUGCUUCAGGGGUUGGACUUCCUGCACUCACACCGAGUGGUUCACCGUGACCUGAAGCCCCAAAAUAUCCUGGUCACCAGCGGAGGACAGAUCAAACUUGCCGACUUCGGCCUGGCCCGCAUCUACAGCUUCCAGAUGGCGCUCACCUCCGUGGUGGUGACACUGUGGUACCGAGCCCCAGAGGUGCUGCUCCAGUCCAGUUACGCCACACCGGUGGACCUGUGGAGUGUUGGCUGCAUCUUCGCUGAGAUGUUUAGGAGAAGACCUCUGUUUCGAGGAAACUCAGAUGUUGAUCAGCUGGGAAAAAUUUUUGAUGUUGUUGGGGUACCUUCAGCAGAGGACUGGCCCCAGGAGGUGGCCCUACCACAGAGUGCCUUCACCCCGCGGCCUCCUAAGCCAAUAGAAGACUUGGUUCCAGACAUGGACGAGCAAGGACGGGCCCUCUUAUUGCAAUUCCUUGCCUUCAACCCCUCCAGGAGGAUAUCUGCCUUCGCUGCGCUGAGCCACCCCUAUUUUCAAAGUGUGGACAGCCACAGUAGAAGCGUGUACGCAGCCCAGCCUAUCCCCAGCAACAAGCCCACUAUGGAGGAGAGGACUGCCUGACUGUCCUCCUUCACCCUUAAUCAUCCCAUACACUGUCUAUAAAAAGUGUUCAGCCAACCCCUCCUCUGUGUUUUUUAUGUUUAAUUGUUGUUACAGCAUUAAAUCAAAGUGCAUUAAGCUUUUUAGAAUUUGUUGACAUUAGAUAACACUUACAUGUCACAGUGAAAACACAUCUGUAUAAAUUGAUCAAAUUGGUUGAUUUAGUCACAUCAAACCAAGGAACCUUCUUCUAGAGUCUCCCACAUUCCUUCGGGCAAAUGCAAGCCGAAAUGUCAUGUGAAAUUUUUCAACAGUGGCUUUCUCUUUGCCAAUCAGUCAUAAAGCUGCAACUAGGAACACAAACAGGCAACUGUUGCUGGAGGCGCAGUAUCUCCCAUCUCAGUUAGUUGUCGUCCUUCAGUAUCCACAGGUCAUGCUGGCCCCCUCGUUUUUCGCACAGACAUUCAGUUUUUGGAUGACCUGCUAUUGACAGACUUGACAGUUAGUCAUAGUAAAGAAGGUUAAUACUUAUGACAUUAAUCAUUUUGUGUUUUAUAUUUGUGCUUCACGUCAAUCAGUUUGUAGAGAAUUGUUUUCACUUGGACAUUACAAAGAGUUUCUGAUCAUCCAAAAAGCUUAAUCCACUGUCAUUCAAUGUUGUACAUGAAAACAAAACAUGAAAAAGCUCAAGGUGGGACUACUUUUUAUGGUCAAUGUACAAAGCCCUAGGAAAGUACUCAAAAAGAGAGGGUAAAAGUUGUGCCAGGAAAGAGGACACCGACACACUCGCCCCCCCCUGCAAAAUGCACAAAAGCUAUUCUCCUUCCAUGAACUGAUGGAUUGUAAUUGCUGCUUUUAGGUUGUGAAAUGUUGAUGAUUGACUAUGUUAACAAUGCAAAGAGACUUCCAUUGACUGGUGGAUGAACUGUUGAGGCCAUGUAGCAGAGGCCACUUCAUGACCAGUGUUUAGCCCUACGACAGCCUCCUUAACUGGGGGACCGGACCGUACAGGAUCUCACCUGGGUGGCCCUCAUGGAUCUCACCUGCCUUUUUGCUUAAUGUGGGUGUGUGCGGUGUUGCAGAUACACAGUACAAGCACGAUCAUGUAGCAUGUGCACUGCCGCUGACAUAAGCACGCUCAUGUACAUACCUACCUAUUGAAACAUUAUUAGGCAUCACUAGCCAGCCACUCACUGCCAUGUCUGACUUAUCAUUCCGGUUUUACACAUAUUAUAUUACUGCCACCUUGAGGAUGUCCUGAGUAACUGCAGACCAGUAGCGGGAUUCUAAUGGCUUCUGCAACUCUAAAUAAUUUGGGGUCAAGCACUCUUCAAGGAACUUAUCAUACUGGGCUGAUACCGGUGCUGAGACGAUGAUGAAAGAGCCUUAUAGAAAUGUUCCUGCCACUCACUUGGUGUUAAUACCGUACUUUUAGUCUGCCAUCAUUCUUUUAUCAUUAUGAAAUACAAUUAUUAUUUACUAUCCGAAUGAUACAGUAAUGCACAGGCUUGCAAUAGGUGGAAAAAGUCCCACCAGCACUAUUCAACAUGAAUACAUUUGGCACAGAAUUGUGUCACCAAUAUUCUGUAUUUAAUUUUAAUUUUAUUGACUUAUAUGCUUGUUUUUAUCAAGUUGUUACUUGAUUUUUAAGAUGCUGGGGCAUACAAUAUUCUUACACCAAUUACACCAACUCUUUAGAUGAUUAUAGAAUCUGUGUAAGGAUCGUUUGACAAUGUAAGGAAUGUAUAAAGGAUAGGCAUUGGUAUUGUACAGUAUAUAGUGCUAAGUACAACCUGUAAUGAUAGAAAAAUUUUGAUACGUGCAUCGUCAGCCCAUAGAUAUGUCGUAAAAAUGGAUAGACGUAGAGUAGUGAGGGUCAGUGGAAUGUCGUAUGGCGAGAGUAUUUUGUCUAUUGAAAAUGUUGGGCGGGUUCUGUGGGUGCUUAAUGAAUUUCAUCUUCUUUGGAUUGAGAGUGACUACGAAUUUUACAGUGGUUUUCAUAAUGAAAUGCACAAAUAUUUUGUGUACAGUUUUCGCUUCAUGCUUCAGUCAUGUCCCUUAUGUUCAAGUUGAGUUUUUUUUUGUUUUGUUUUGUUUUGGUUUUUUUUUUUACCAGCAAGGAAAAAAGCAAGUUAUGCAGAGUUGUAUUUUUGUAUGUAGUAGUUCUUGCAGAACAGUAAACAUACUUAACACUGGUUUACUUUUUCUUAACAGGUAGUGCUGCUAGCACACACACACACACACCCUUUUGACUUUCUCAGGUUCUUGGUAUGGACGUCCGAACCUUUCGGGCACAGUUUGCACAUCUCUGGGCUACUAACUGACCACAUCACAACUCCUUCAGGUUUUCUUUCAAGCUGUUCCAUGAUCAUGUCAUUGAUCAUAGUCUACUGUCAUUCCUAUUUAUCAAAUAUAUGUUACUGUAGUCAUUACUGUCUGAAGAUAACUGCCUGUAACUGUUUUGCCAUGUAGGCAACUUUUAAUUGCUAGAUGGCAACACAAUAUAGAUCCAUGUAUAAAUGUCAGCUUGACUAAGCACUGUGUGAAUUUUCUGUUUGAUAAUGACUCAUAUCUGGUGUCAGUGGUGCAUACAAUGCAAUGAAAGCUCAAAAUACUUUAGGUAUAGAGGUUUACAAUUAUAAUAAUGACUGCUUUAGUCUCAUUAAACUUGAUACAAUCACUG